AUAUUGAUGAAUUAUGAUAUGUCAUACCAUUUCGUUCUACUUCUAUUCUAUUAACCGUUUUUCUAGAAAUAGAAACAGAAAACAGGCAUAAUAGAUCACAGAAUAGAAGUUUAAAGCUUUGAUGCCAUCGACUUCUUGCUGUUGCAAGUAAACAAGCUUUCAUUUAUUCAAAUAAUAAACGUCAAAUAUUGUUUCCUGUGUACAAAAGUUCACAGACAAAUUUCCAAGUUUUAAUUAGUUAUCAAUUCAAUGACAAGUGAUAUUAAGGAGCUUUGAACAAUAUUACUUUCUACUAUUAGUGGAAGGCCUGUGCCGUGGUUUCAAGUGCGGAAUUCUUAAACAAUCCGAUUAUUUAAAUCUUGUGCAAUGUGAAACUCUUGAAGCAUAUGUGACAAUGAAGAGAUUGUUCAAAUGGCAGAUAUUAAAACCAAUGUAGAACGAGAAAAUUUGCAAAAUCAAAAACAUGUACACGAAAGUCAGCAGGUGUAUGCUCCUAAUCCUAGAAAGCAAAGCCACGGAAAACUGAAUAGCAAUGCAGGGGAAGAAUCAGAAAUGUACGAUAUCAGCCCAUACGCUACAUUUAGCGUAUCAGGACCAGAAAGCAGAUCAGUUACUGCAAGUACUUUAGAUUACACUGUCCAGUUUAAAACAUUUGGUAUGAUCGAAGUUGAAGAUGGUCCAGAUAGAGUAAUGAAUUCACAAUGUGGAACACCUGGAAAAUGUGGAAGGCAUCAGAUGUAUCCAGAUGAUGAUUCUACAUUAAGCAAGUCCAUGAUGUUAGCCCUGGGUGCAACUACACCUCAUAGAAGUAGAAAUUCUCAAAGUCAAUCUGGACAAACGAGGUUUUGUAAAGGACAUGGAUCAAAUAGUGGAAAAUAUAAAGAAUCAGAAUCAGACACAAGUGGAAGCCCUAGUAGGGAACCAUAUAGAGUGCCAGUGAAACCUCCACGAGUAUUCAGACAAGGGUCAAAUACAGAAUCAAAUAAUGAGACCUCUCCUGUUUUAGCACGAAGGACUCCAAGGCAUUCAAAAUCUUCAUCGACAAUCACAGAUAAUCCAAGUUUUUCUAGAUUUUAUGAACGCAAAAAACAUCAAGACCUCUGCACAAUUUAUGUAUAGAAUUAAUGGAAUGCAA